CAUGGCCUGACAGGGCGUGAGGGGGAGCCGUGCGGAGGCCCGAGUCCGUGACCGGGCCGUUCCAGCCCGCUCGGCGGUUCGCUGGCUUUCAUGAUGUCAGUAUUCCCGCGGGGUUGCGUUGCCCUGACCCCCAGGAACAACAAAUCUUGUUCGGGCUCUUUCUUUUCUCUUUCUCUUAAAUCCUCCCAUCGUCUCUCGCUAUCACUACAUUCUCUUUCUAGGUCUUCGACGACACUCACUACUUUUACUGUCAUUGCUUGGUCGGUCUAGCCAGCAACAUCCCAAGGAACAAAGCCGCCAGACUCGCCAUCGAGAAGCCACCCCUCAGUCUGAUCACUUUGGUGGCUGAAUCAUCUCGAGCAGGGCUAUCGAAAUCAUCGAACUCCGCAAUGUCGUCUUCACGGCAGGUUUAUCUGCUGCCUCUGAAAGACGAUGGCUCGCCUGAUGUGCCAGGGGGGUAUCUCUACCUCCCCCCUCCGACCGACCUGCCGUACUUGCUUCGGUUUGUCAUCGAGGGCAGCAGCUCGAUUUGCAGAGAGGGUAAACUUUGGGUUAACAUCCCUGAAAAAGGCGAGCCUUUCAGUCGUUCUGCUUUUCGGAGCUUCAGCCUGUCUCCUGACUUCAACAAGAACAUUCAGAUCGAUGUACCCAUCCCCUGUGCUGGCUCCUUUGCCUUCUAUGUGACGUUUUCUCCUCUUCCUGAGUUCUCAGUCCUAUCGACCCCUGCAUCGGAACCGACACGUACUCCCACGCAUUAUAUCGAUGUCUCACCGAGGUUGACCCUUCGCGGCCAAGACCUGCCCCUCAAUGCGCUUUCUAUAUUUUCCGUCAUUUCCAAAUUUAUGGGCCAGUACCCAACAGACUGGGACAAGCAUCUUAACGGUAUUAGCCAGCGUAAUUAUAAUAUGGUACACUUCACGCCCUUGAUGAAACGCGGAGCUUCCAAUUCACCCUACAGUAUUUUCGACCAGCUACAUUUCGACGAUGCGAUUUUCCCAAACGGUGAAGACGAUGUUUCUCAUUUGAUCUCAAAGAUGGAAAAUGAAUAUGGACUCCUAUCGCUUACGGACGUUGUGUGGAACCACACUGCUAAUAACAGCAAAUGGCUGGAAGAACACCCAGAAGCUGGCUACAGUGUCAAAACUGCUCCAUGGCUUGAGGCCGCACUCGAACUGGACACUGCAUUGCUGAAGUUUGGACAGGAUCUUCAGAGUCUUGGCCUGCCCACCGAGUUCCAAACGGUGGAAGACCUCAUCACCGUCAUGACCGCCAUGCGCGACCAUGUUGUCUCUGGCAUUCGACUAUGGGAGUUCUAUGUCGUUGAUGUUAGCGCUGACACACGAAGAAUAGUCGAUCAAUGGAGGUUUUCCAAUAACAUAAAUUUGACAGACGAAAAAUGGUCACAGUUCGACCUUCAAGACUUCAAAAACCGGACCUUGAAACAGCAAGCGAGUCUCAUCCGAGACCACGCCAUUCCAACCUCGAAACAAGUUCUGGGAAGGUUUAGCAGAGCAAUCGACCCCCAAUUUGGAGCAGUCAUACUGACGGCACUUUUUGGUCCUUAUGAUUCCACGGCUUCUGAUACAAGUGUAGCCGAGAAAGACCUAUCCAAGAUACUCGACGAGGUCAAUCUUCCAUUCUACAAAGAGUACGAUGCAGACGUCUCGGAAAUCAUGAAUCAAAUCUUCAACCGGAUCAAAUAUCUCCGGAUCGACGACCAUGGACCCAAGCUCGGAUCUGUAUCAGAACGGAGUCCUUUGAUCGAAACAUACUUCACGCGGCUACCUCUGAACGAUGUCACCAAGAAGCAUGACGAAAGGGCAUUAGCACUGGUGAACAACGGCUGGAUAUGGAACGCUGAUGCUCUGCGGGACAAUGCUGGACCUGACUCUAGGGCUUAUCUGCGGCGUGAGGUAAUUGUCUGGGGCGAUUGUGUUAAGCUGAGGUACGGUAGCUGCCGUGACGAUAACCCUUUCCUCUGGGACUUUAUGACGGACUAUACCCGUCUCAUGGCCAAGUACUUCUCUGGAUUCCGCAUCGAUAAUUGCCACUCGACGCCGUUGGUAGUCGCGGAGUACCUGCUAGACGAGGCACGGAAAGUGCGACCUAACCUCACCGUUUUCGCCGAACUCUUCACUGGCUCAGAGGAAGCUGAUUAUAUCUUUGUCAAACGCCUCGGCAUUAAUGCACUCAUUCGUGAAGCCAUGCAAGCUUGGAGUACCGGGGAGCUCAGCCGUCUUGUUCAUCGUCACGGAGGCCGCCCGAUCGGUAGUUUCGAUCUAGACUUGCCAUCUUCGGGCAGCAGCCACGCAAUAGCCUCUUCCGGCAUUGACACUGGCAAAGAAAAAGUUACCCACAUCCGCCCUACGCCAGUGCAGGCAUUGUUCAUGGAUUGUACUCACGACAACGAGAUGCCUGCGCAGAAGAGGACUGCAAAAGAUACACUACCGAAUGCCGCUUUGGUGGCUAUGUGUGCUUCAGCCAUCGGAAGCGUCAUCGGUUAUGAUGAAAUCUAUCCUCGGCUUGUGGAUCUCGUCCACGAGCAUCGGCUGUAUUUCUCGGAUUUUUCAGAAUCCCCCAAGGUCGGGUUAGACACGCUCGAGGGAGGUAUAGGCGGCAUUAAAAAGCUACUCAAUGACCUUCACACCAAAAUGGGCGUUGAAGGCUAUGACGAGACGCAUAUUCACCAUGACGGCGAGUAUAUCACUGUUCACAGGGUUCAUCCCCGAACACGGAAAGGUGUCUUCUUGAUCGCGCAUACAGCAUUUCCUGGCCAGGACAGCAAAGCCAUACUGCCGCCUACACAUCUUGUUGGAACUCGUGCCAAGCAUGUCGGGACAUGGACCUUGGAGGUAGAUGCGAGUGAAACAACCAAAGACAGGGUACUAGCGGAUAAGUCCCUCCUACGGGGGCUGCCUAGCCGUGUCAGUGCCAUUGAAGGCACCACACUGGAGGAGCGUGGUAAAGAUACCACCAUCUCUGUACUGGAGUCGUUUGUUGCCGGGUCUAUCGCCUUGUUCGAAACAUCUAUGCCAAGUGUUGAACAUGCGACUGGAUUGGACAGCCAUAUCACCGAAGGCGUGGAUCAAGCGUUCUCGGAUCUCAGCUUGGUGGACCUGAACUUUGUCCUUUACCGCUGCGAGGCGGAAGAGAGAGACUCGAGUAAUGGCCAGGACGGGGUAUACAGUAUCCCCAACCAUGGCCCCUUGGUUUACGCCGGCUUGCAGGGUUGGUGGAGUGUGCUUGAGACCAUCAUUAAGUACAAUGAACUAGGCCACCCGUUAUGCGAGCACCUGCGCAACGGUCAGUGGGCCCUGGAUUUUAUCGUUGGUCGUUUGGAAAAGCUGGCACAGAAGGAAGAACACUCUGCUCUCGACAAGGCAGCUACAUGGCUGCGGGAGAAGUUCCAAGCUGUCCGCGAGCUACCAAGCUUUCUUCUACCCCGGUAUUUUGCCAUCAUCGUCCAAAUUGCCUACAAUUCUGCCUGGAAACGCGGAAUUCAACUCUUGGGACCGCGUAUACAAAACGGCCAAGAAUUCAUACAUCAACUUGGUAUGGUGAGUGUCCAACAAACAGGAUAUGUGAACUCCGCGUCGUUGUGGCCUACAAAAAUAGUGCCGAGUCUCGCGGCUGGCCUCCCGCAUUUUGCGGUAGACUGGGCAAGAUGCUGGGGCCGCGAUGUGUUUAUAUCGCUUAGAGGUCUUCUUCUCUGCACAGGUCGAUUCGAUGAUGCUAAGGAGCAUAUAUCUGCAUUUGCAAGUGUUCUCAAGCAUGGCAUGAUUCCGAAUCUCCUCAGCAGUGGAAAACUUCCGCGCUAUAAUUCUCGGGAUUCUGUAUGGUUUUUCUUGCAAUCGAUCCAGGAUUACACCGAAAUGGCCCCGGAUGGGCUGAAGAUUUUAGACCACAAGGUUCCCAGGAGGUUCCUUCCAUACGAUGACCUGUGGUUCCCAUUCGAUGACCCAAGGGCCUACUCGCAGCAUUCGACAAUAUCCGAAGUGAUACAGGAGGUAUUCCAGCGACAUGCACAUGGACUUUCCUUCCGAGAGUACAACGCAGGGAGUGAUCUUGAUAUGCAAAUGAAGCCUGAGGGUUUCCAGAUCGAUGUUAAAGUUGAUUGGGAAACAGGAUUCAUCUUCGGUGGCAGUCAAUUCAAUUGCGGGACAUGGCAAGACAAAAUGGGCGAGAGCGAGAAAGCUGGGAACAAAGGAGUGCCUGGGACACCACGAGAUGGGGCAGCCAUCGAGAUUACCGGGCUGGUUUAUAGCGCUUUGACUUGGGUUGCAAAGCUGCACGAACGUGGAAUUUACCAGCACGAUGGGGUCGAAAUCGGAAAUGGAAAGUCCAUCUUGUUCAAGGAUUGGGCAUCGAAGAUUCGAGCCAACUUUGAGCGCUGCUACUAUGUUCCCCUACACCCGAGGGAAGACGUUCAACACGAUGUCGAUGCAAACGUGGUCAACAGAAGAGGGAUAUACAAGGACCUUUAUAGGUCUGGCAAGCCAUACGAGGAUUAUCAGCUUCGAUCUAACUUCCCUAUUGCUAUGACUGUCUCUCCGGACCUGUUUACUCCUUCCAAAGCGCUUGCUGCUCUUGCUCUAGCAGACGAGGUUCUGGCUGGUCCGGUAGGCAUGGCCACCCUUGAUCCAUCAGAUCUCAAUUACCGCCCUGACUACAACAACUCAGAGGACUCUACCGAUUUUGCCACGGCCAAAGGCAGGAAUUACCACCAGGGUCCUGAGUGGGUUUGGCAACGCGGGUACUUCCUCCGCGCAUUUUUGCACUUUGAUCUCGCUCGCAGGACGACGCUGGCGGAACGGACAGAGGCUUACCAACAAGUAACUCGGCGCUUGGAGGGUUGCAAGCGAGCUUUGCGAGAAAGCCCAUGGAAGGGCCUGACAGAGCUAACGAAUAAGAACGGUGCUCACUGUGCGGACUCGCCCCUGACGUCAGUUGUAUUUGACCGACGCAUCCUUCCCAGCACAAAGGGCCGCGGUUCCAUAUGCAUUGACAACCCGCCCACCAUCCACCACCGUCCGGCGCCGAAUAGCUGCUUUUCGAGCGUCAUGUCUCUCACGGAAUCCGCUGCGGCCGCCAUGCUGACGGUCGCAGCCGUGGUAGACAGUCCCAUUGACGUGCAUGAACCUCGCUGGGAUGAUCAAACGAGGGGCCGCGAUCUAUACACUCAACUAGUGAUUAGUUUGAUGGUUGGCCUAGGUGCCUUUCUCUCCUUCUGUGUUUUGCGACCGAAAUGGACCGAACUAUACGCCGCACGGCGGCAACAACGCUGCGCCGCGUCAUACUUACCCGAACUGCCUGAUAGUUUCUUUGGUUGGAUACCCGUGCUGUAUCGGAUCACAGAUGAGCAGGUGCUAGAAUCUGCGGGUCUAGAUGCUUUUGUCUUCCUCACCUUCUUGAAAUUCGCGAUCCGGUUCCUCUCCACCGUCUUCUUCUUCGCCCUGGUUAUUAUAUUGCCGACACACUACAAGAACACGGGUAAAUCUGGGGUUCCGGGUUGGGAUGAUGACGACGACGAGACUCUGGGCGGGGACAAGAAGAAGAUCAUAUCGGAUCCAAGCUACUUGUGGAUGUAUGUCAUUUUUACAUACAUCUUCACUGGACUCGCUGUCUACAUGCUUAUCCAAGAUACGAAUAAGGUUAUCCGCACGAGGCAGAAGUACCUUGGAAGCCAGACCAGCACCACCGAUCGAACCAUUCGCCUGUCCGGGGUUCCCCCAGACCUGGGAACCGAGGAGAAGAUUAGGGAGUUCAUGGAAGGCCUCCGAGUUGGCAAGGUCGAGAGCGUUACACUGUGUCGUGACUGGCGUGAAUUAGACCGUCUGAUCGACGACCGACUUCAACUUCUACGCAACCUUGAGUGGGCUUGGACCAAGCAUCUAGGCUACAAACGCGUAAAGGCGAAUGCGAAUGCGCUACCACUAAUUCACCAUCAGCCGCGUGGGUCCAGUAUUAUCUCGGAGGAUAGCGAGCGCAUCCAGCUUCUUUCAGAACAUGGACGCGACCAUGUGACGGACUAUGCGCACAAGCGGCCGACAAUUCGCUUGUGGUAUGGGCCAUUCAAGCUACGCUACAAGAAUGUCGAUGCGAUAGACUAUUAUGAGGAAAAGCUGCGUCGCCUUGAUGAAGAAAUUCAUGUCGCUCGUCAAAAGGAGUACCCGCCUACUGAGGUUGCCUUCGUCACGAUGGAGUCGAUUGCCGCCUCGCAAAUGGUUGUCCAGGCCAUUCUUGAUCCCCAUCCUAUGCAACUGCUUGCUAGACUGGCGCCCGCCCCAGCUGAUGUCGUCUGGAAAAAUACCUAUCUCCCGCGCUCCAGACGGAUGAUGCAAUCCUGGUUCAUCACCGUGGUCAUUGGGUUUUUGACCGUCUUCUGGUCGGUGCUUUUGAUUCCAGUUGCCUAUCUGCUUGAGUACGAGACUCUGCACAAGGUGUUCCCUCAAUUGGCCGACGCCCUAGUCCGAAACCCGCUUGCAAAGUCGCUUGUUCAGACUGGUCUGCCGACCUUGGUUCUCUCGCUGUUGACUGUUGCUGUUCCUUACAUCUACAACUGGCUUUCAAAUCAGCAAGGCAUGAUGUCCCGGGGCGAUAUUGAGCUUUCCGUCAUCUCGAAAACCUUCUUCUUCUCCUUUUUCAACCUCUUUCUUGUCUUCACUGUGUUUGGAACCGCAACGACUUUCUACGGGUUCUGGGAGAAUCUUCGGGACGCCUUCAAAGAUGCCACAACCAUUGCGUUUGCACUGGCCAAGACGCUGGAAAACUUCGCACCUUUCUACAUCAACUUCCUAUGUCUUCAAGGAAUAGGAUUAUUCCCGUUCAGACUAUUGGAGUUCGGAAGUGUGGCGAUGUAUCCUAUCAACUUCCUUGCUGCUAAAACCCCUCGGGACUAUGCUGAACUAUCCACGCCCCCUAUAUUCAGUUACGGGUAUUCCAUUCCGCAGACGGUUUUGAGUUUGAUUAUCUGUGUGGUCUACAGUGUUUUCCCAAGCUCGUGGCUGAUUUGCCUUUUUGGAUUGAUAUACUUCACCAUCGGCAAGUUCAUCUACAAAUACCAGCUCCUGUACGCGAUGGAUCAUCAGCAGCACUCGACAGGACGAGCAUGGCCGAUGAUCUGCAGCCGAGUCCUCAUGGGAUUGAUGGUCUUUCAGCUGGCGAUGAUUGGAGUGUUGGCCUUGCGCCGAGCCAUUACACGCUCCUUGCUCAUUGUCCCUCUCCUGAUGGCAACAGUGUGGUUCAGCUACUUCUUUGCGCGGACCUACGAGCCUCUCAUGAAAUUCAUCGCGUUGAAGAGCAUUGACCGCGAGCGGCCCGGUGGAGGCGAUAUCUCCCCUUCGCCAUCAUCGACAUUCUCUCCCCCAUCCGGCCUCGAUCGUGAUUCUUUUCCGAUCCGGAUCGGCGGACAAGAAUUGGGACUAAGGCUGAAGAAGUACGUCAAUCCAAGCCUGAUCCUGCCUCUCCAUGAUGCAUGGCUUCCCGGGCGCACUACGGUUCCCGAUCUUCAGGCAGAAUUCGGGGCUAGCGAUACUCCCAACCACGCGGCUGGUGAAUCUGUCUGAACCCCGGUCCAGCGUACCAAGCGGACCGGCUCUACAAAUUUGCAGUCGAUAGAUCUUACCGAUUGCACAUAGAUCUAUGAAUCUCUAAUAACUCUUGUUUAUGUAUUGCUUCUUAUCAUCAUGAUCUACGAUGCUAUGCCUUUGAUGUCAUAGAUGGCCAUGUUCACCCCCGGACUUUCACAUCACAGUGUCAGCCGAGGCUAUGAGUUGCAUCCUCACCUGUUACAUCUCUGUGUCCCAAUGUGUUUAAAUAAUGGUUUCCUUUCUCUCGUUUAAUGAUACCAGACACCUUCGCACUGGAGGUUUCAUUUGAAUCAUUUAUGUCAGUAUCUGCAUGUACUAUCACUUCAUGUAAUAUAGGGAGGCUGUCCCCAUGUUCCAGACAAUGAAUCACUUUUCAAAACU